AUGUCUGGCUUUAGACGUUCGCGAGUAUUAUUUGCGAUAUGCUUCCUGCUGCAGAUAACGACCCCUUACAACAUAAGGAACCACCCCUGUUGUUUGGAACCAAACGAAAAUUUAACUCUGGCGAUGAUCAUCGACGCUUUUGAGAUUUACGGUCAUGAUCCAACUGACAAACUUGACAACCUCUGGCUCUACCAGAACGAGAUGAUGAGAAUCAAGACUGCCGAAGAUCAAUACUUAAUAAACGAACGGGUCCAUAUAGCUACCGAUCAUUUGGGGCGUUUUAUAAAGCUGCACAUACAAGAAUUAAAAGUCCUCUUGAUAACAUUGGAUGAUGUCAUUGAUAAUAUGCUUGCCAUGUACGAAAACCAUAACGCUAUAGCCGCUGAAAGGAAAGCUACUUACACUGGUGGACCAGUCCCCAUGGAGUUUUAUUUGAGUCAAGAAUUCUACUGCGGAAAGAACGUCUAUUUAUUCUAUUCUGAGUUGUACAGCGAUAUAUACCACAUGGGUCGUGGUAUAGCGCCUUAUUGCAAAGAUAGAUCCUUCGUAUUCAUGGGCUUCCUACAUUAUCAUGACGAACAGAAAUAUUACUUGAUCGAUGACCCAAGUAUUUCCUUCCCCACUGAUAAUUUCUUGCACGGCUUGGAAUGUCACGUUGGCAUUUGCAUAUUCAGAUUUCCGUUCAAAAAGAUACUGCAAAGCGAAAGGGAUGUCACAACGCUGCCAAAAGCUAUAGUCAAGUGUGGUCUGGUGAUGUACAAGUUGCCACCCCUGACUGCCGCUGCCUGCAUCAUAACCUCGGGCUCUUUCAUACUGGACUUCAACAUACAGGGACUGAGAUACAGGCAUUAUGACUAUCUACUGACUACUCCAAAUGGAAAUACAUAUUACACAAAGGAACCUCAUACGCCAUUGGUUUGUGAUCAUCAUGUUUGUGAAUGGAACUACACUAACAAUUACGGCGGUCCAUUCCUGAUCCCUGGAGAUCCUGGAACUGGUAUCGAUCCUGUACCUCCUUACAUCGAACCCACUCCUAAACCAGAUGAUGGAGAUGAAGAUAAUAUUACAGUCCCAUAUAUAUUGGAAGGAUGUCUAUUUAUGUAUCCACCGAACUACGGAUCAAUAGCCGGUAAAAGUUAUUUGGAUCCAGUGGAACUACACGACGAUAGAUUCACAUGUAGCGCUGCGGGAGGUAACAAGGGUUUGUAUUGGUAUCCACAAUGGAUGGGCGCCAUGCCUCAUCACCCAUAUCCGUCUAUAGUAGACGAAAAAGGCGCCUUCGAGCCACCAGGCGCUUUCUACCCUCACCAGAAUUACGAGAUGGAAGAAUCAGAUGUCGAUUAA